UGGCAAAGGCUUCUUCUUCUACUUCCGUGGCUCGGGCAGCCGUGAGCAGAGCCAACCCGGAGGAGAAUGGCAUCCCGCUCGGCGUCCGCCGCUCGGUCUCAAAACCCGGCCACCUACUUCCGAAGGAGCCGGCCGUUUUUCAUGGCGGUGAUCGCGGCCUUGAUGCUCUACUACGGGUGUGCUGUCUUGGCACCUUUAAUCAUCCCCUAUGACAGUCUCGGUCCAUUAGGAAGAUUCACAAGAUAUCUGCAGGAGAACCACAGAACUGUUUUCCAUGGAGGAUAUGUGGUGGCUUGGUUAAUUCAUAUCGGAGAAGCAUGUUUAAGUAUCUGGUUAUGCAAUAAGAAAGGCAUCACGGACAGCAAGACACAGCUUUUGUGGUUCGUUCAAACGCUGCUCUUUGGCUUUGCUUCGCUUUAUUUCUUGGUGGUUUACAAGCCACCCAAGAAAACCCAGUGAAGAAUUGGAAGUGGAAAAGGAAACAGAAAUGGGAUGAUAUAUAUGCCCUAAACACCGAAGGAUCUCUCAGUGUUUUGGCAUUUCACCGAAAACACCUUUCAACUGUUGCCUGGAAAGACAAAAUAAAUAAAUAAACUUUGCUUUGGGGGCACACUGGUGAUAGACUAGCUGCUAAAGGGGAAAUCACAUUUUAAAUGGGGAAUCAAAAGUUCUCACCUUACAGAAGACCUGCUGUUGAAAGAUGGAACUAUCCUGCCUUUUCUAUUCUGUCUUUAAUAAUAAAAAGAGACCUCGGUAUUAGGGUAAGAGCUGUUACACUGUUAAUUUGGGGAAAUAAAAUCCUGUUUUC